AUGUAUUUUAAGAAUCCUGAACAAAAUAAGCUUCCAGCUAAGCAAAAAGAUCUAGGUAGUUUCACAGUACAGGUAACCAUUGGUAAGUAUAGUAAUGCAAGAGGUCUUUGUGAUCUGGGUGCUAGUAUUAACUUGAUGUCUAGAUCUAUACUUAAGAAAUUAGGCUUGGGAGAACUUAAAGCAACAACUAUUUUGCUACAGUUAGCUGAUCGUUCUAUAGCUAGACCUGAUGGUAUCAUUGAAGAUGUAUUAGUACAAGUAGGAUCCCUUAUUUUUCUUGUUGAUUUUGUUAUUUUAGAUUUUGAACCUAACCCCAAUAUUCCUUUUAUCUUGGGACGCCCGUUCUUAGCAACAAGCGGGGCACUUAUUGAUGUGGCUGCAGGUAGGUUAACCAUGAGAGCACAUGACAAAGUGGAAGUGUUCGAUGUAUAUCAUGCAUUAAAAUUGCCUGUAGUCUAUGAAGAACUAUCUGCUACAACCAUCAUCGAUGAGGAAGUAUCAACUUAA